CAUAGCCACAAACACAUACGCAUGUCAAACAAAUUCAUAAUAUGUCCAAAAUAAUAUUAGGACUUCCUAUUGAAAGAGAUAAAAGCAUAAUGCGUGAACAGUAAUCAUAAACAGUAAUUGUGAACAGUAAUUUGCAAUUAGCACAAUUUACUUAUAAUUCCUGUAGGCAAAAUUCACACCCAAAUCAAACAAUAAAAAGGACUAACUCACUAUAUUUCUCAUAUAAGCCCUAAAAUUAAAGAUAUUUCUAAUAAAAGUUUAAUACCCAAAAAUCUUAUAAACCAAAGGAUUAAAGUCAAAUCUCACCCAUUUAAACUACCCAAAAUUCUAACCCAAAAUUCAUAACUAAAACUUAUACUUACCUAAACAGCACCUCAACCUUGGCUGGAGAAAAAAAGGAAGAAAAUGAUGCAGGGGAUGGCUGGAAGAAGCAAGACGCAGGACAAAAAGAAAUGGGGUCUUUUGGGAGCCUUGUGGGGGCUUAUCCAAGUCCCACCGACAAUGGAAAAAAAACUUGGUUGAGAGAAUGCCAUGUGGACCAAGUCUGCGAUAGAAACAUAUAUUAACUCUAAGGCUCCGAUUGUUAAGACAACUUAAGGAGAGUAUUGUCUGGAGCUGAAGAUGAAGUUCAUGGGGGCUGUGAACAUAGUGGUGGUGACCCUUUUGGGGAUUUUGGUUUCCGACAGUCAUUGUAAGGUGGUGCAGUUCAUUUUUGGGGAUUCCCUGUCCGAUGUUGGGAACAAUAGGUACCUUUCUCGGAGCCUGGCUCAGGCCAACCUGCCGUAUUAUGGUAUUGAUUUUGGCAACGGACUGCCUAAUGGGAGGUUCACCAAUGGUCGCACCGUUGCUGAUAUAAUGGGUGACCAUUAUGGUCUCCCUCGGCCCCCAGCUUUUCUUGAUCCAUCUUUGACAGCAGAUGUAAUAUUGGAAAAUGGAGUGAAUUAUGCCUCAGGAGGUGGUGGGAUUUUAAAUGAAACAGGAAGCUUAUUUAUUCAAAGGCUUUCUCUCUACAAACAAAUCGAGCUCUUUCAAGGGACACAGAAAUUAAUCAAGAACCAAAUCGGGGCAGAGGAGGCAGCUAAGUUCUUCCAAGGGGCAAAAUAUGUGGUUGCUUUAGGCAGCAAUGACUUCAUCAACAAUUACUUAAUGCCAGUAUACAGUGACUCAUGGAACUACAAUGAUAAGACUUACAUAGACUAUAUGAUGGAAACUCUAGGAGAUCAAUUAAAGAUUUUGCACGGGUCAGGGGCACGGGAAUUGAUUGUGUUUGGAUUAGGACCAAUGGGGUGCAUACCCCUGCAAAGGGUCCUGAGUACAAAUGGGGCGUGUCAGGAAAGGGCAAACAAUCUGGCCCUCAGCUUCAACAAGGCUGGAAGCCAGUUACUCCAGCAGCUGUCAAGUAAACUCCCCAAUGCCAGCUUCAGAUUUGGAGAUGCGUAUGAUGUUGUCAAUGACGUGAUUACCAAUCCAUCAAAAUAUGGGUUUACGAACUCGGAUUCACCAUGUUGUUCCCUGGGAAGAAUUAGGCCUGCUCUCACAUGUAUACCUGCAUCCACAUUGUGUAAAGACAGAAGCAAAUAUGUCUUCUGGGAUGAGUACCAUCCAUCAGACAGUGCCAACCAGUUAAUUGCUAAUGAGCUGAUCAAGAAAUUUGGAUUCCUUGGAAAUAACCAAAAUGCUCCUGCCCCUGCACCUGAAAUCGCUCCAUCUCCAGAAGGGAAAUGAAAUUUCUACAGAUCACUGUAAGAUGAAGGAACCAUGCUUUGUUUUAUUAAUGUGUAAUAAUGAUUACUAUGAACAGUUCAACUCUGCCAGAUUUCUGUAAAUUUUUUCAACUAUUUCCAUCUUCAUGUUAAAAUAAAGUCAUGCAUUUCUU